UCCUCCUGCUGGGCUGAGGAAGCUCGUUUACAUACGAGUCAUACCAGGCAUAUCCAGCAUGUCAGUGCAGUGAACUUGCAGCAGGCUGCGAGCAGAGCGGGCCAGUGGGGCUUUGUCCUAGGAAAUGUGCUUCGGGGUUUGCCUUUGGACCCCGAUUUCAUGUCGAAGAAAGACCUGUAAAGACUUCUGAACCGAUUUUUAUUUUAUUUUUUUCAUGACCCACCGAGGAUACAAUACACGGCAACCGGGAAGGUUUUUGUGUGUGUCUGUGUCUCUGUGUGUGUGUGUGUUUGUAUGUGAGUGAGUGUUUUCUUUCUUGCCUUUUUUUUUUUUUUCUUUCCCUCUCCUCUCCUCCUUCACUUCUACAUACUUUGUUUUGAUCAUCUGAGGCUGGGCCUCCUCCUCUCCCCGUCGCCUUUGUGAAGUUUUAAGACAAGACCAGGAGCUACUCAGCAAUCAUUUUUCCUAUUGGAAAUCAACUCUUUUGUGGGGAGAGAGCAAAAAUAUUUAUAUAUAAAAAGCUCCCCCCUUUUUUUUUUGUCCGUGAGCCCAAUAAAUGCUAUUUAUGAAGAUGGACCUGUUGAACUACCAGUACUUGGAUAAAAUGAACAACAACAUUGGCAUUCUAUGCUACGAAGGUGAAGCUGCUCUUCGGGGAGACUCCAGGAUGCAGACGUUGCCUGUCACCUCGGCCCUCAGCAGCCACCGCACAGGCCCCCAGCCCAUCAGUCCCAGCAAGAGGAAAUUCAGCGUGGAGCUGGGGGUGGACGAGCUGGAGUGUGACGGCGAGCAUGCCACCAAGAUGAGUCGCAUCUUCAGCCCGCAGCUGAACAAGACGGCCAACGGGGACUGCCGCAAGGACCCUCGGGAGCGCAGCCGAAGCCCUAUCGAGCGCACCGGGGCUCCUGCCUUGGGCCUGCACAGCGGUCACCUAUUCUCGCCACUGUCCAGCCUCAGUUCUGAGCAGCCCCUCGCCCUGACCAAGAACAGUGGGGACGGUGGUCGCAAUCAAGGCCUAACACCAUCCCCAGGGGAGCGGCAGCAGAACCGGCCAUCGGUGAUCACAUGUGCCUCUGCCAGCACCCGCAAUUGCAACCUCUCCCACUGUCCGAUCGCACACAGUGGCUGCGCGGCUGGUCCAGCCAGUUACCGGAGGGUGCCCACGUCCACCACGACCUGCGACCCUGUGGUAGAAGAACACUUUCGCAGGAGCCUGGGAAAGAACUACAAGGAGCCCGAACCCGCGCCUAAUUCCGUGUCCAUCACAGGCUCUGUGGACGACCACUUCGCCAAAGCCCUGGGUGACACGUGGCUGCAGCUAAAAGCGGCCAAAGACGGCGCGUCCAGCAGUCCCGAGCAGGCCUCCCGCCGUGGCCAGCCCACCAGUCCUGCGGCCCACGCGGUCAGCCACAGCCACUCGCCCUCCGUGGCAUCUUGAAGGGGUCUCCCCGCUCCGUGAGCCCAAUGCCUGCAUGGUUUGCCCGAGCUUUUGAACAGUCCGUGCUUUGAAAAAAGAAAAAGAAAAAAGAAAAAAAAGAAAGAAACAAAAAAAAAACCACAAAAAAAAUUUGUGGG